CGAUCACACUGUGGACAAUGUUUGCUAACACUUUGGGUAUAUCUUAGAUAAAGUCCAGAUCACUAUUUUAUGAUAUUAGCCAUAGCUGCUACAAUACUAUUGGUGCCAUACUACUAAAUAUAAUACGGUAAUAUAAACGGCUGUGAUACAUGUUUAAAAGAAUAUGAUGGUUGUUUAAAAGUUCUCAGCAUAAUUAGACGUAUUUUUUUAAAGGCAUAUUUUGGAAUGAAAUAUGCACCAUUCAGUGUGUAUCACAGCAUAUCAUCCCAGCACAUCUCACAGUUAUGUUUACAUUGGUCUCAUAGUCAUCUGUUGUCAAUCUUUUCCAUUGAUCCAGUUGUGAAGCAUUUUGUCCAUCUUUACGUCAUGAAUGUUAAUGUAAGUUGUUAUGUGCAUUCUAUAAAGCCAUUCUAUCCAUUCCGCACUUUUCAUAGCCGCUGGACAGACGCAGAGAGCGUCCUGUGACUUCUUUCACGACACCAUUAUAAACACAAAAACAUUUAUUUUUUGGUACUUUUCUGUGGUGUUCUCCAAAUCAUGACUAUGUAGUUCACUGUCAAAUUAAUUUCUCUUUUCUUCUCAAAUACAAUUUUAACGGGGAGACGGAAACGAGUGGAGUAAAUUCACAAUUAAAUCUGCCUUUCAAAAAAACUAGAGGAACCUGGUGUGGGAAUCCUCAGUGGAUUUGUGUUGGCGCCGCCUAAUGGAUCGGAAGCUGCUGAAGACACAGAAAUUGGGGCAGGACAUGGCUUCAAGACCUUGGGAGCUUUCUGUUCUCUGGACUCUGAAGCUGCAGACUCAGAGGGGGCACAGGGGGGAGGGGACUUUGGGAAGAAGUUGAGUAACUCUUUAUGGACCCCUGGAGACCAUACCCAGGGGUCAGAGGGGAGAGGGGACCUCCCGUCCGCCAGGGGGGUCAGUCCAGAUUCUCAGAGAGCGGUCAGUCUUGAUGCACCUGAGUGCUCCUCUGGGCAGAGCGAUCCGCUGGGCACCUCUUUAGUCCGCAGCACAGCCUUUGAGGACCUCACCUCUGUUGAAGAGAAUAGAUUGUGGGUAGAUGAAGACCAGGGUCUAAGGAUUUCAAAAGAAGCCAAAAAACAAGGACUGGCUUUCGAUUAUACCGAGUCUCUCCAACAGGCUGCUGCUGCUUCUAAUACUGGAUCUAAGGAGUUUGUUCCAGGAAGCCCUGAUUCCUUUCCGGUUCACAGUCUAUCCUCUUCCCACUUUUUUCUGGAAAACUCUGUACCAGUGGACAGAAGCCCCAGACAUUAUUCAGAACAUCUCCAGGAGGUACAUGACGCUGUCUCAUCAGCUUUAAAGGACACUACCCAGUUUGAUGUGGACAACCGGCUGGAGCGACAAAUAGAGCCACGGGUCAAUGGAAACACUGUGUCUUCUGAUAGUGACAAACAUUUGACAACAGUACUAUUAGACAUAGGUGUAAUUAACCCUGUUUUAGAAUUAGAAGGAGCAAGUUAUAUGUCCAUACCUGAUUUCGUCGAGGAUCCCAAGACGAGAGAUGUUGUACAGUCCACCAAGACCACAAGCGAACUCCAGAAAACUCCCCAAAGUUCUCCCGCAAGAAAGUCAUUGGUCCCGGUUGCUAUAUACAAAGCUCAAGCAAAGAUUGAAAACGACAAUGCUGAUAAGAAGACAACCAAAACUGCCACCAAAGCUAGACCCACAUCUGGCCUUAAAAGACCCUCCCCAGUCAACAGAACCAGAAAUGGGCCCACCUCAUUACCCACUAGAGCCAGCAGUGUAGGGGCCAGGCAGUCCCGUACUUUGGGUGGUGCCAGGCCUCAGGCCCCCGGAACCAAGAUUCCCGCCAAAACCCCAGCUCCAGCAAUCGGCAAGAACAAAGACAACACCAGUGGACAGAGCAGCCCUGGUACUCCCAAGUCCCCCUCCAGCAAGACUCUUCCCGGAAAGCCAUUGGCUGUGGCCACAAACCAGGUGAAAAAGGUUGCGGUGGUGCGCACCCCACCCAAGUCUCCUGGCUCUCUCAAGAGCCGCGCCCCUGCACCCCUCACCGCAGCGGCCCCCUUGCCGGACCUGAAGAACGUCAGGUCCAAGAUCGGCUCCACAGACAACAUCAAGCACCAGCCUGGAGGAGGAAGGGUACAAAUAAUUGAAAAGAAGAUCGACUUAAGCAAUGUGCAGUCUAAGUGUGGCUCCAAAGACAAUAUCAAACAUACACCCGGAGGUGGCAAUGUCCAAAUCCUCGAGAAGAAGUUGGACGUAAGCAAUGUCCAGGCUCGUUGUGGAUCCAAAGCCAACCUGAAUCACACUCCUGGAGGAGGCAGGGUACAAAUACUAGAAAAGAAGGUGGACGUAAGCAAUGUCCAGUCUCGCUGUGGCUCCAAAGAUAAUAUCAAACAUACACCCGGAGGAGGCAAUGUUCAAAUAGUCCACAAAAAGAUUGACCUGAGCAAUGUUAAAUCAAAAUGUGGUUCUACAGCCAACAUCCACCACAAGCCAGGUGGUGGGAAUGUUGAGAUCAAAUCUGAGAAAUUGGAUUUCAAGGUCCAAUCAAAGAUCGGCUCCAUGGACAACAUUGGGCACGUGGCCGGAGGUGGACAGAGGAGGAUUGAGAGCCACAAGCUGACGUUCCGUGAGACGGCCAAGGCACGCACUGACCACGGGGCCGAGAUUAUCUCCCUGGAAGACGACCCCCUGUCCCACCAGCUCAGUACCUUGUCCUCCUCUGGCUCCAUCAACAUGGCCGACUCACCGCAGCUCUCCACACUCGCCGACCAGGUAUCUGCCUCUCUGGCCAGCCAAGGCUUGUGAUUGGCUUGGUGGCACACGAUGGCCGACCGGAAGUCUCCUGACCGACCACACUACUUUGACCGCCCACGUCAGAGGAGUCAUGACGCCUGUCGCCUUCCUCCUCCUUUUCACGGGACUUUUUUAGCUAUACCCAUCACUGUUUCUCUUCCAUCACCGACUGUUCUUCUUCAUGAUGCAUUUAUUGUUAGAAAAGAGGUCUUAUAAAAAAAAAAAAAGAGAGAUUCAAGUCGGUCAAGUUAGAUGAUUUAAUUUCUAUCUUGAUCUAUUUUUGUUGUCAUUAUUUGUACCGGUUGUAUAAAUGGCCCUUUUUAAGAGUUUAAAGAGAACAAACAUCCAAACCAACCCAAAAAUCCUACAAGUGUUUCUGGACAUUUUAUUUGAACUUUCACCCAUAUUUAAUUCACUUUAACUCGAUAAAUAAUUUUACUGUCACAAUGACUGCGAUUCGAAGCCCUUAUUUUACAAAUGUCCAUUUUUGAUGUGCAAAUGCUCUGUGAUGGCCGUCUCCUGAAUGGCUUUUUGAUACAUGGAAAACAAGAGGUUUGAGAGAAGUGGGCCCCCUUUUACAAUGUAGUGAACAUAAGAAAACACAUCAUCCAUUUACAGGGUAGUAUGAGGCAAGGAAGUGAGGAAAGGUGGGCUCAUGUAGCAAAAGCUCUCAUUCAGACAGUAAAAUGCUUUUAAACCUCCCCAACUUGCUGUCUGCUUUGGGUGCCUCUAUACACUGCAUACCAAGGUAGUAUAGUUCAGAGGUAAACAUUUUCCUUCAUGGACAAAGGGAUACAGAAUGUUUAGCGUAGAAACCUUGGUUUGUGUUGGACACACACUUUUCUAUUUGUAUUCUGUGGAUAUGACAUGUAUUUGAUAUGGAAACAUUUGUAUCGGGCCUGCUACUGUCAGUGUUAAUUUAUUUUCAAUAUUAUUCUGUUAUGGCUCUAUUGUAAAUGCGCUUCAGCUUUUGUCUUAUGCGGUGUGGCAGUUUACAUUUAACAUGUGUAGGCUACUAGUGACAACAUAUUUGUUCAUGUUUAAAGAUGACAUGAAUUAGAGGGGAAUACUGAAUUACUAAAUUAACAGGCUUAGCGAUGCCAGGCAAAUUGUCUAACCAAUUAUGGGUUGUGUCGUUUAAUGUAAGACACGUAAUUUCAGUCAGGGACUGAACUUUUCACUAAUUUGGCUUCAGAUCACAGUAAUGCAGAAGUUGGUAAACUCACCCAUUUUUUAACAUUUUUAUGACCGACACUUUCUGAACUUUUAAUUUCAUGGACAUGGCUUUGUAAAAAUGUAUAAGAUAACUGCCUCAUCAGUUGAGCAGCUAAGUACUAGAACCAAAAGUCAAUGCAAAAUACUGAAAAAACAGGCAGUCAAAGGAAAGUCAAAACACAGAGAAAUUGCUGAAGUGACAUGAAGAAAUCGGUUACAUUUAUCAUAAUAAACUCUGCAACACAUGUAGUCAAAUUAACAUAAAAACAAGCAGAAAAACAUAGCUUGUCCCAAGAUAUUAAAGGUAGACUCAGCAAUAUGACAUCAUUCACAGUGGGGCAACUUCCUGCUUACACACAAUUCUGCCCGACUACAUUGCAGACGCCUGCCAAAUCUCACAAUGCUUGGAUUGGUGUUAACUAUCAGCUAAACACAUCAUAUGAUUUAGCAAUCUGGUACCCGACUGCACAGUUGAUGAUGUGGCACGCAAACAUUGGUUGAUGCAAUCCAACGCCUGAGCAGGCGAGCACAACCAAUAUAGUGCGUUCAAGAAAAUCAGAAAAGAACAGACUGGGAAGAAUCUUGACGUCAGUGAUCUUCAGGUCAGACAAGUCGGAGCUCUAGGAUGAUGCCCGAGAUUCUGAAUUGUAAUUCCGAGUUGGAUGACCGUCCGUUCAAAGCAAUUUUUCCCAGUGAGAGCUGUUUUUCCCCCCAGAGUUCUCAGUUGUCUUGAGUGCACUAAAGUCGGAGAUUUCCUUGUUCAGAGUUGGCUGGAACGCACCAAAAGCAACAACUCCAGUCGCCAAGACUGCCCCUAUUGGUUCUUUCAGGUUUGCACCCUCCCUUGAGGUAUGUCCAUAUUGGGAGGAGACAAUUUGCUGUUUUGGCAGAUUAGAAUUAUGUUAAUUGAUUUUUGCCCCGCUGUAUGUGAUGAUGCCAUGUUGCUCACUCUACCUUUUUAAGUAAAAAAAUGUACCCUAAAAUGUUUAACCAUCUGUCACAUGGAGAAACGUACCUUUCGGAUAUAUUUAGAUUUAGGCCUACUAAUUGCCUGCGCACGAGCAUGCUCGUCACACUUUCCUCAAUUUGUCUCACGGGUUAUAAAGCUAUGGUCCUUUCCCUGGAAUGUAUACGACGGAAAUUUACGAAACUCUCUCACAUGCUCAAAUGGAUAAGUGUUUUAUCCUCAUGUAAACCCACCGUGGUUCACCAAUCACCACUAUAUUAUUCUCGUCAUUGAUUGCCUUCAUAACUCCGAGCCAACAUACCAUCUUAAAAGUCCUUGCAUGCAUUUCAUGUAAGAGUAAGCGGUCUGCCUCUCCUUUUACACUGUGCUUUCAUUGUACAUCCUGGUAUAUCUGCUUUGUCUAUAUAAGGAUACAUGUAGGUAUUAGUGCGAGGGAAUAGAACCCAAAAGGCAACCCUUUCCUUUAUGUGGAGAUUAAGGCGCAUUGAUAACAUUAUACGAUUUCCCAGUGUGUGUGUUUGACUUGUAUUGCCAAUAUAUAUUUCAUUGAGGACUCGGGAACUGGCCAGGGCAUUUGAGAAAAGGUGUGCUUGCAACACUACAAUCUGCAUGCUAAACUGUUGGUUACUUUUCAUCAUAAUGGACAACAUUUGUUUGAAUGUGUUAAAUGGGUAUGUGCACUGUGUUCUGUGUGGAUUACGGAGACUAGUAUGUUGGAGGGCAGGUGCUGAUAAAUUCCAGUACUAACAUUAUCAGUACUCAAGGGGAAAAGUUGGGGAAAGGUUAUUUUUUUUUUUUGGUGGUCCUCUCCGCUGGCCUCUGUUCUGAGGUCAAUGGAAAGAGUUUGCAGUAACACAUUUCAUCGUCAUCCUUUUGUUAUUUUUGCCGCUGUACAGUUGUGUGGAAAAUGUGAUUGUUGAUAUUGUUAUUGUGCAUUUUAUCAAUAACUGGUGUAUGAUGAUUCUUGUCGCUGUGAAUUUAAAAAUAAACUGUUAAACCAUG